AUUCGCCUGCCUCGUCUUCCCAAAGUGUUGGGAUUACAGGCGUAAGCCACUGCACCCGGCUCACAGUUGAUCUUAAAAGCAAGGCAAUACAACACCAGCUGAUUUUCUUAACUCUGCAAACAACAGAGGUAACUCUAGGAAGGGUCUGCUGAAGGGUCAUUUGGCUAAACUGGGCUUUGCUCCAAGUUGCAGGGUGAUGCAGCCCUCCUGGAAGCAUCAUUUUGAUGCAGCUUAGUGCAUGCACAGCACAGAUAGGCUUGCAGCAGUCUGGCUUGCCUCUUGCCACUUGCCUGGCUGGACAUUCUCUAGACCUUUGGGGGUCCUAUCUCACCAAAGAUCCUGACAGUUGCCAGACAGAAGGCAGUAUAAAGGCACUUCCCAUCCUUUGGGCCUGAGUUUUCUUUGGGAUUGUUCCCCAAAUAGCUCAUUCUUCUUUCAUGAUGUGUGUUCCCUUUACACUUUUAAUUAUUUCUUUUUUUUGAGACAGAGUUUCACUCUUGUCACCCAGGCUGGAGUGCAGUCGUCUGUGGCGCAUCUCACGUGACCGCGCUGCGGGAGAGGGAUGAAACAAGAGGGCGGCUGAAGCCGAUCCUGAGUGGGGCCCCAGCAAUUCGGCAUGAGCCUUCUCCCUCCACCCGCUUCCGCCGACCGGGCCCCUCCCGCGCGGCCUCGCAGGCGUCCCCACCCGGCCCCGGGGCUCCCCCACCCGCGCCCGUCCCUCCUCCUCCGCUUUCCCUUCUCCCCCGCUUUCCCUUCUCCCCCGCCUCGGCUCCAACAUUAGGGGCCGGCGGGGCAGGCAGCCCAAGCAGCCCGCGGCUGCCGCUGCAGAGCGCUGCAUCCCGGCCCCGCCGCCGCGGCCGCCCAAGUCCGGACCCAUGGGGGUGCUCAGCUCGCGGCACCGCGGUAGCAGCAGGGGCAGAUGGGCUGCCGCCUAGGUUGAGGCAGCCUCCAAGACGUGGCUGAGCUCGCCCAGGGGGAGCACCAGUAGCCGGAGGAAGCUGCCGCUGGUCCCCCAAGCACCAGCGCCCGGGUGGAAGGGGCGAGGAGGCGGGGGCGGCGGCAGCCACCUGUCCCGGACCACCGCGGCCCGGAGGGUAGUCAACAAAGUGGUGUAAGAUGACCACGGGAGCUAGGAGGAAGAGGACGGCGACUUCGAGGAGACCCAGGAGUCUGAGGACAACGAGGAGGAUGAGAUGGAGGAGGACGACGAUGACUCCGAUUAUCCGGAGGAGAUGGAAGACGACGACGACGACGACGCCAGUUACUGCACAGAAAGCAGCUUCAGGAGCCAUAGUACCUACAGCAGCACUCCAGAUGCAAAUAAUACGGCACUCUGAACAGACACUAAAAACAGCUCUCAUUUCAAAGAACCCAGUGCUUGUGUCACAGUAUGAGAAAUUAGAUGCUGGGGAACAACGUUUAAUGAAUGAAGCCUUCCAGCGAGCCAGUGAUCUCUUUGGACCCAUUACCUUGCAUUCUCCAUCAGAUUGGAUCACCUCCCACCCUGAGGCUCCCCAAGACUUUGAACAGUUCUUCAGUGAUCCUUACAGAAAGACACCCUCUCCAAACAAACGCAGCAUUUAUAUACAGUCCAUUGGCUCUCUAGGAAACACCAGAAUUAUCAGUGAAGAAUAUAUUAAAUGGCUCACGGGCUACUGUAAAGCAUAUUUCUAUGGCUUGAGAGUAAAACUCCUAGAACCAGUUCCUGUUUCUGCAACAAGAUGUUCCUUUAGAGUCAAUGAGAACACACACAACCUACAAAUUCAUGCAGGGGACAUCCUGAAGUUCUUGAAAAAGAAGAAACCUGAAGAUGCCUUCUGUGUUGUGGGAAUAACAAUGAUUGAUCUUUACCCAACAGACUCGUGGAAUUUUGUCUUUGGACAGGCCUCUUUGACAGAUGGUGUGGGGAUAUUCAGCUUUGCCAGGUAUGGCAGUGAUUUUUAUAGCAUGCGCUAUGAAGGCAAAGUGAAGAAGCUCAAGAAAACAUCUUCAAGUGACUAUUCAAUUUUUGACAACUAUUAUAUUCCAGAAAUAACUAGCGUUUUACUACUUCGAUCCUGUAAGACUUUAACCCAUGAGAUCGGACACAUAUUUGGACUGCGACACUGCCAGUGGCUUGCAUGCCUAAUGCAAGGCUCCAACCACUUGGAAGAAGCUGACCGGCGUCCUCUAAACCUUUGCCCUAUCUGUUUGCGCAAGUUGCAGUGUGCUAUUGGCUUCUGCAUUGUAGAAAGAUACAAAAGUUAUAAUUUAUCAGAGGAAAUUAGUGUAAAGAUAAGCAGGAAGCUGUGGUUUAAAAACAUGAAGAAAUGCCCUUCUUAAAAACUUCAGCUUGCCUUUGAGUGAUUUAUGCUUACAGUUCAAUGAGAAAUAGUGGAAGAAGUUUCCCUGCUUCUCUUCCAUUUAAGGCAAGAGAGCUUGACUUUGCAGAACAGAAUAAGUAUUGAUAUGUGUGGCAAAGUUCAUUUUUUAAACCCUGUAAGUGUGUGGACAGGAUUUAUCUUUCCAAAUAUGGGACAGAGGUAUGAUGUUCAUUAGGAGGAAAAAAUGACUUUCUUUAAAAAAGAAGAAGGAAAGUACCUAAUCUCAGUAUGCAUGUGUUUGUGCUCACACUUGCCCACAAACAUCAAUAUACAUUCUUGUGUCUGUUCUCAGGUAUGACUGUGCAUUCAGGUGACUGCACAGAAAUGUCUACACACGUGUUUUCACAUACAUAUGUCUACCCAGGCCUGUGUGGACACUUAUAUGUGUAUAUACGUACAUGUCAAAUUAAUAUAAUGCCUUGGGAAAUAUUUAGCAAGUUGAGAAAAAAUAAUAUCCUAUCAUGCUAGUAACAAAGUGUAAGACUGAGUGUAUUUCUUUUUCAUCUUUUUUCAAUGCAUACUUUUGACAUCAUUUGUAAUUCUGUGUAUAUUUGGUAUGUGCCAUUUCACUUAGUAUAUCAUAAGCAUUAUUUCAUAUUCACACCAUCAUUAUCAAAUGCAGCAUCUCCAUGGGGUAAUAUGUCACCCUAUGAUCUAGAAGCCAAUGCUCCUCUCUUGCCUGAUAGUAUUUUGUUGUGGUUUGUUGAAAUACGCAUCUUUCAUGCUUUUCCAGGCACUGGUGAGGUGGAUUGAUGAUGAAUCUUCUGACAUACCUGGAGCAACUCCAGAACACAGUCGUGAGGAUAAUGGGAAUUUACCGAAACCCGUGGAAGCCUUUAAGGAAUGGAAAGAGUGGAUAAUAAAAUGCCUGGCUGUUCUCCAAAAAUAAGGACCUUCAAAUAGGAGUGGUUGAAAUAAAUAAAUACUUGCAUGUUAUGCUUUCAUUUGGGUGGAAUACUUCAUCGGAAUAAACUACUGAUCUUGUGCUGUGUCAAAGUAACAGACUAGAACCUUCUUUCAAGUACCUGAAUUGAAAUGAAACUCAUUUUGAAUAAUAAAAACUCUAGAAACUCUA